ACCCAAUUUCCCAAAAUGAUCCUCACACAGCAUCUUCCUGCACAGCAGCAAAAGCAGCUUGCUGCAGCCGCUGUCGAACCCAAGCUGCCGGAACCGAGCAGCACGACGACAGACAUAGGAUGUAUCUUAAGACCACUCAUUGCCCAAUUCGACGCAGACUUGAAUUAUACCGGAGCUAAAUCAGGUGAUGAUCUCGAGGGUUUGCUUCGGGGGAUGCAUGAGCAGGCCAUUAAGAUUGGUAUUCCGUAUGUGGAGGGGUCGCACUCCUGGUAUUCGUUCAACGUCGGAGUAUACUACGCCCACCUAUGCUAUCCUAGUCACCCUCUAGACGUCAGAAUAUACACCGGCAUUUACACUUGGCUUGCCGUCCUGGUCGACGAUGGAGCUUGUAAAGAUCCCAAACUAUGGCAAGAUUUCAUGAUCCGCUUCCAGACCGGCCUGGAGCAGAUCUCACCUCUAGCCCAGGCAUGGGCUGACUAUCUGCGCUUGAGCUACAUGUAUUAUUCGCCCAUAGUGGCAAACUUUAUUAUUACCUCCUCGCUGAACUUUACCAAUGCCAAUGCCCUCGAAGGUUCCGAACUUCCCCGAAUGUCUCGCACGAAAGGCGGCAAGAACUGGCCGUAUUACCUUCGUGAUAAGGACGGGGUUUCGGAGGCCUAUGUGUGGAUGACAUUUCCGAAGGCAAUGUAUCCGGACAUCUCCAUGUACAUGGAGGCGAUUCCAGAUAUGAACAAGUACAUCUCAUUCACGAAUGAUAUCCUGUCAUUUUACAAGGAAGAAAUGGCCGGAGAGAAAGAUAAUUAUAUGCAUAGCAGGGCCUUCUACUCAGGAAAGGACGUCUAUGUCGUCUUUAAAGAAGUGAUCCAGGAAGAUGUGGCUGCCCAUCGCCGCAUAGAAGUAGUCCUUCGUGGAAGAGAGCCCUACGCCAAGGCCUGGCACGAACAUGCCAUGGGGUUUGUAGCCAUGCAUAAAGCCAUGGAACGUUAUCGACUUCGAGAGUUGGGUCUCGGGGAGAGAUACACGGACGCAUUGGGGCGAAUGACCAGCACGCGACAAAGGUAGCGAAGAGUGACGGCGUCUGUUUCUUAUAUCGUCUUGCCCUAUGGGCCAAGGACUUGUUUAUACAUAGGUAGUCCUACACGUU